GCAUGUCGUGUACGUUCAACGAGGAAUAAUUAUCACCCGCAUUUGACGCAGUGCGUUAGUCUCAUAUUACUAACGGAAAAGAACGUAAUAUAGUGCCGCGUAUUACGCGAUACGCUUUCCGAGCAAGUAAUCCGUGUUAGUGCUUCGUAAGAAAGAACGCGGCGGUUAAGCACUGCAAAGAAAACUUGACAUUGGAACGGCCAUUUUGGCGUGUUGUUUCCUAAUCGAGUGCUCAGCUCAGCAUCGAUAUCCAUCCAUUUCAAGGAAAUAGAUAAUAUUUCAUCAUUUCCAAAAUGAUGACAGAAACACAUAUAAAUUCCAAUCAUGUCCUAAAUUCUGGUUUGAAUACCAAAUCAGAAAUAGACAAAAUGGACGAUGUGGGUUGGAAAGCCAAAUUAAAAAUUCCACCAAAGGACAAACGAAUUAAAACUAGUGAUGUUACUGAUACUCGUGGCAAUGAAUUUGAGGAGUUUUGCCUAAAACGAGAAUUAUUAAUGGGCAUCUUUGAAAAAGGUUGGGAAAAGCCUUCCCCAAUUCAAGAAGCCAGUAUUCCUAUUGCAUUAUCUGGUAAAGAUAUCUUGGCCCGUGCAAAAAAUGGGACUGGUAAAACUGGGGCCUAUUCAAUUCCAGUGCUAGAACAGGUUGAUCCACGAAAAGAUGUGAUUCAGGCACUAGUACUUGUACCCACUAGAGAGUUAGCUCUUCAGACAUCGCAAAUUUGCAUUGAACUGGCAAAACAUAUGGACAUAAAAGUAAUGGUAACUACUGGAGGAACAGACUUACGGGAUGACAUUAUGAGGAUUUAUCAGACAGUACAAGUAAUAAUAGCAACGCCAGGAAGAAUUCUUGACCUUAUGGACAAGAAUGUCGCAAAUAUGGAUCAUUGUAAAACUCUAGUUUUGGAUGAAGCAGAUAAACUACUGUCGCAAGAUUUUAAAGGAAUGUUGGAUCAUGUCAUUUCCAGAUUACCACAUGAACGUCAAAUACUGCUGUAUUCAGCUACAUUUCCCCUGACAGUGAAACAAUUCAUGGAAAAACACUUAAGAGAUCCAUAUGAGAUUAAUUUAAUGGAAGAACUCACAUUGAAAGGUGUAACACAAUAUUACGCCUUUGUACAAGAACGACAAAAAGUUCAUUGUCUUAACACACUGUUCUCCAAGUUGCAAAUAACACAAAGCAUAAUAUUCUGCAAUUCAACACAACGUGUUGAAUUACUUGCAAAAAAGAUAACAGAUCUUGGAUAUUGCUGUUAUUAUAUACACGCGAAAAUGGCGCAGGCACACCGAAAUCGCGUGUUUCAUGAUUUUCGAGCAGGACUAUGCAGAAACUUGGUUAGCAGUGAUCUGUUUACUCGUGGUAUUGACGUACAAGCUGUGAACGUCGUUAUCAAUUUUGACUUUCCAAAAAUGGCAGAGACAUACCUUCAUCGUAUCGGCCGAUCAGGACGAUUCGGUCACUUAGGUAUAGCAAUUAACCUAAUCACGUACGAAGACCGUUUUAAUUUACAUCGUAUCGAACAAGAGCUUGGAACAGAGAUUAAACCUAUUCCAAAGGUAAUAGAUCCAAGUUUGUAUGUAGCAAGACCAGAAGACAAUAAUAGCAUGGAAGAGGGUAAUGUGUCUAAGUAGUUUCGAUACAUCAUCAUGAUGUUUAUAUGCGCUCAAAGAGUUUGAAGUGUUAAAUGGUGAUUGUGUGACUCGUACAUGUAAGGCAUACAUUGCUAUGCUUUGAACUCACAGAGUGAAACAUUAUUUCAGUCUGAAAAGUAUUGUCUGGGGUGUUUAACAGUGUAUAAAGACAAAACAGUGCUAUGAACAUUUAGAUUUAAAAAAAAAGUGGUCUAUAUAGAAAAAAAUUGAAAAUUUCAAUUAACAUCAUACUAAAACGGCGGAAACAUGAAUUACUUGUAAAUAAGGCAUACUGAGCAUGAAACAGUGAACUCAGUGAAUGAAGUGAUGCGAAUGCCGGUGCGAGUCAUUCUUUGUACAUAAAUACAUAUAAAUGUACAUAAUCUAAAGUGCGCGCCAGAGUCAAGCCAUUAUCAAGAGCACAACAUGUAAACAAAUAACAUGAGUAACAUAAUAAUCAUUACAUUUUACCACAAACUGUAAAUAUUACAUGUGAGUAUUCAUCAUUUUAAUAGUAAAUUUUUAUACAAUGGCUUCAUACUUCCAAGAUUUUUUUGUUCCUUAAGAAAAAUGUGAUGGGAUGUGUGAUUUAAGAAGAAACACAGCAUAAUGAGAGUAAACUACAGUUUAAUGCUGUUUGUAUCUGAAUACCAUAAAUUAAUCCAUAUACCCAUUACUUUUGCAUUACCAUACUUUACAUAUAAAUUCUUCUUAAAUAUAUGAUCACAAAUUCUAAAUAUUAUAUCGAUCUUAAUAUUUGAUCAUGGCUUGAUUUUGCUACCUGUCAAUGCUGUCAUACAACUCUGAAAUUCAAAUCACUUUUCAAAAAAGGCGAGAUAAUCUUUUUUCUUUCUGUAAAGUGGUAAUAGACUGUUUUAAACUUAAUCUGAUUUUUUUUUACGAAAUUGUGAUUGAGAGUCAGAGGUUGUAAAAUUGACUAGUUUUAUAUAAUUAUUUUUUAUAAAUAACUGGCUGGUGGCAUUUGUCGAAGUUAGGGAUUCUAUGUAAGAUGUCUAUUGAAUAUUUGUGUCUACUGUAAUUCAAAAUUGUUCCACCAAUUGAUAUAUGAGUAAUGACAUUAUCUAGCAAGGAUUCUUUGUUACAUUUAAGACACAUUUUAGGUAAAACUACGAAUAUAAGCAAAAAUGUACAUAUUGUAGCAUAAUAACAAUAUCAUUUUCUGCAACAGAUAAAGACAACUGCCAAAAUAUAAUGGAACGUCAGCAUGGAAUCCCCUUUUAUUCUUGGUUUUUUUUUUUUUUUUUUGAUAUCUGUGUACAUGUUAACCAUAUAAAAAGGUAAAAAAAUGUAGACGCAUGUAAGAAGUAAUUUUCCAUAAAGUAAAUUUCUAUUGUUAAUAUUCUCCCAUGAACGAAAAAAAGUGCACCACCAGCCAAGACGACCUAGGUUUAUGGAACGAAAUGUGUAUACAUUAAUAGGCAAUAGUAGCAUAUUUCAUAUUUGAAGCAAAAAAUUUCAAUGAGAGAUAUUAAUGAGAAAAAGGUGAUGGAAAACGGUUUGGAAUGCCUUUAGACUUAUAAUAUCAGUUUUGACGGAUAUUUUGCUUCUGCGGUGGAGGAAACAGGAGAGAUGUCCUAUGACGACUAAGAUCUUGACUGCUGGAAUGAAGAGUUAGUAUAGUAUAGUAUGAUCUUAAAAGUAUUUGAAAUUUUGCUUUAAUACAAAUAUGGAACUAAACUUAAUUUUGAAUAUCCGUCUAAUAACGCGAUGGAUUUUUAUAUGUGUAAAAUUUUUAAAUCUGCAUGAGAUAAAACACUCAGCUUUCUAAUCAAUAUAGUUCCAUAUAAUGUCAAUAUAAAAUUAAUAUGUAAUUAUGCUUAUUACUUAAAAACUUUGACUUUUAAUUUAAUAUUUCGUAUAGAUGACACAUAUAAAUACAAUCAUAAUGAGUACGAAUAUUUGAUACAAGAGUUCUAUGCACUGACUCGUACGCAUAUCAAAGAUGAAACGAAAAAUCCUUUUCGUUCUCCGUUUUCAUUGCCCACAAUAAAAUGUAAGCCUGUUUUUAGUAUAUGGGGUAAUGUGGUUUUUGCACAAAACAUUUUAUAUAAUUCUGUUCUAUUUAAGAAAAAGAAAAUGAUAUGCUGUGAAAUUAUUAAUUAUCUGACGUAUUAUAAAUUCUCUCUUGUAUCCACUAUCUGAGCAUUAAUGCUGUGAUUUAGUAUUAUAGUAUUAAAAGCAUUAAAAACCGUUUUUCUAUGCUGACACAAAUUAUAAUUUCAUACGUACGACGUUUCAAUAUUAAAAAUGUGUCUGUAAACGCACGUAUCAGGGUGCAACAGCAUUAUCUAUCGAUUUACACUUUUUUGCCAGUUUGAGAAAGAAUGUGAUUUAAGAAAUUCGUUUAUUAUAGAAAAUCUCGAAACAAUUGAGUAUAAGCGCGCAUCGUAUUGUUGCAAGAAUCAGGCAUUAUGAUGCUUGGAACGAUAGAAAAAAAGAGCCAGUUAAUGGUAGAGAAUCAAUGUGUAAAACGUUCUUUGCCAUGUUGGAAUAUAGAUUCCAAAGUGGAAAGAAAAAAAAUUAGUUACAAAAAUUGGCAGUGAUUUAUUGAAAUAAUUACGUAAGCGUUGUAUUUAUAACAGUUUAGAGAGGAACACAUAGUGUUUUUUUCAUUGUGGCUCUAUCUUUUUACCGAUUAUUACGUUUUUUUUUCAUAUACGAAGUUACUUAUGCUGAGAAAGAAAGAAGAAAAAGUGCAUUUUCACCAAUUGGAUAUAUUGCAUACAGUAACAUCGUAUAUGAAUUCCGUUCUAAUAUUAUAUUGUAAUCCUUUUUUGUUUCUCUCGGUCUCAUUCUUUCAUAUUUUAUUAUUUUCUUCAUACGGAAACAUGUAAUUCAGUAAGUCGGACAGUAUUUUGGAUAAUGUCAGUUCUAAAACAAAAAGAAUACUCCUACAUAUUCACCACAAAAAUUUUACUUUUGUGUUAUAUAUAUUUGUGAAAGUUCUAUCAUGGUUCUUUUCGCGAAGUUGUACAGACUAGGAAGACGUUCGUGUGUUCUUGGUCUUAUUGACUUAUAAUUUAAAGCACCAUUAGAUCCGAUACCGGAAUAUUUUGUGAGAUAUAUUUUAAAUCAAUCUUUAAGAGAGUCAAGAAUGUGCCAAUGAGGGAAGAUAGAAAGAAAAAAAAUGUUCUUAAACACGCUGCAUGGAACUGUGCCUAAUAAUUUUACGUGCAUCUUGAUUAUUUCGUAAAAUAUUGUAUACGUGUGUAUUUGUUUAUUUAGCAAUUGUGCAACUGUGUCGAGCUAUAACGAAAACGAUAACUGUUGCAACAUAAACGAAUCAUAAAACAUGUGACUAAUUGGGAAUGGUCAUUAUAGUGUUUAUCUUGACUCUUUUGAAAGACUGAUAUUCGUGUGAAAUAAAAGUAUAAAUCUCUAAUAGAAGCAGGGUGAUAAAAAGAAAAAAAAAAAUUGCUGAAUGCAAUGCUAUGCGUAUAGACUGAAGGAAUAAAUAUAUAUUUGUUUUGUUCUAUUAUUGAAACUAUGACAAGUAAUCUUAACUUUAAAGUUACGUCAUGCUCCAUGUUGUGCAUGGAAUUUGAAUCUGCAAAACCAUAGAAUGCAUGUAAUACAUAUAUACAUACAUGUAUUUCUUUUUGAAGCGUUUAUGCUUGUACAAGAGUCAUAUAGUAACUUUGUUCUUUACCAUCUUGCGAAUGUUCCCUCAUGUCUGUCGCAUAGAUAAUAUUUCCAAGUGAAGUUCCUAUACCUCAUCUUGGAGAAGGAAAUACCCUUGAUGUGGAAACAAUUGUGUGAGGGCACCUUUGUAGCGAUGUGUUAAUAUCUGGAUUAUGGGAUAAGUAAGGGAAAAACCCUUGUCAUCAUCCUAAGGGUUAAUAAUAAUCUUUAAGUAUAUACGAUUCACUUCGUAUGUGUAGUGAAGGAAAUAACAUCUUUACGAGACUGUGGAAUGUUAUAUUCGUGAAACAAUCUCGUACCUUCGUUGCAAUUUACAUUGGUUUUAACAGCCAAUGCCAGCGAGCUGCAACACUAUAAAAUAAAGCAUACUUUUACAAUAGGCGAAAAACAUAUUUGGUCUCGAACGCAUGUCCGAAAAAUAUUUGUAGUCCAUGCAGCUCGUUCAUAAUGUUGGGACAACAUCUCCAACAAUCCGUGCAGAGACUAUUAAAAAGAAGAAGAAGGUGAAAAAAGAAAGAAAAGAAUUCGUAAAGAAAGUACCGUCAACAUUCUAUUUAUAACAACUAUGAUAAUUCAUUUUCCAAAAUCUCAUUUUAAUAGUAUCUGAACAUCGAAUAUUCCUCAGCGACGGUACUUCGAAAGAAACACAUAUAUUUUGCAAAUUGUACCCUUUUCCGUAUUGUUCACAAACAAUGCAACAAAUUCUUCAUGACACGUUCAAACGGAAUUGGUUUAUCCUUUGACAAAGAAAGAGAAAGAAAAAAAAGAAACUUUUGAAGUACGAAUUCUCUUGUAAAUGCAAGUCGUACAAUACCGUAUAUUUGUUUCUAAUGUUUUAUACAUGAAUAUGUGCACUUUAAAACCUUUUCAUUUGCAAAGCAAUAAGUGUCAUAUAUUUUGAGACAAUCGCACGAUAUUGUUCGGAUUGCAUGAAAUUAAAAGAUAAAAAGAAAAAAAAAAAAAAAAAAAAAAAAAAAAAGAAGAAAAGAAAAAUGAAAAAUCAUAAGAAAUCGUAUGAUCCUUAUCUGAUCGUAUGUGUUGAUCGAAUGUUUUUUGUAUCUGAAAUUUUUAAGCAUUUCUGUAACUUGAGAACACCACCCCCUCUGUGUUGUUAUGUACGUUCGAUAACGUGAAAUUGAUCGCGUGCGAAAACAGAAUCGAAGAAAAAAACAAAAAAUGAGAUUAUCUGUUAUAUAUCAGGAACAUAAAUUGUUUAUUUCUCAAUUGUAAAGAUAGGUUUGUGCCUGAAUUACGAAAAGAACCUUUUUUAUUUGUUUUUCAUUUCUGCAAAGCACAGACCCGAUCUAAUGGAAAAGAUUAAAAAAAGAAACAAUAAAAUUAAAAGGCAUGUCAAUGAAUUUUGUUUUCGAAAGGAACAAAAUAGCAAAGAAAAUUUGAUCCUUAAUAAAAUUUCCGGUUCAGUAUA